GCCGGUUUCCGAAACGUUAUUCAAAUCUUCGAUCAUCUAAUCGAGCUGUUAGAUUUGAUCAACUGUUAACCAGUGACGAGUUUCUCAAACGUCGAUCAUCUUAAAAUUAUAUGAUCGUAGAAAAUCGAUUAUCUGACAUACGAUUUGGUAUCGAUACUGUCACAAUCGGCUGUCAUCCUUCAAAAUUUCAUUUUAUAACCAAAAAAUUUCAAUCCAUAGUAAAUAACUACAUAAUUUAUAUAAUUAAAAAAUAUAUUAAAAAUGAGCAAUACAAACGGAAAUCCUCCACGCAAAAAUUAUACUGAGAGAGAGAGAGAGAAAUGUUUGCUGUUGGAAAUAAUUGGAAAAUACAAGCAUAUUAAAUUGAAAACAAAUAAUGUACCAAUGCUAUGUCCACCAACCAAAACAAUGAAACCUGGGAAAAAUAGCGCUGAAUUUCCCAGAACUCCCAAGCAGCUGAACACUGCAUAUAUAAACUUAAAAAGGGUCACUAGCCAAAAAGUAGCAGAGGAAAAUAUUCAAAAAUAUAAUGAGCAGAAGGUUUUGGACCAGUUGAAGAGAGACCAAACUGCGGACAAAAAAGACAUACUUGCAACAGGUGGUGGCACAUUUAGGCCUCGUCUCACAGAUGUAGGGGCACAAAUGUUGAGUUUGAUUGGCAAUCAAAUCCAACCUUUACCCAACAGUUGUGACAGUGCAUCUGGUUUCUUCACAUCUGUUGCACAAGACAGUCAAGUGGAAGUAGAUUACCUACAAUUGGAAGACACAUAGCAGACAUCCAAUGUACCCUCUACUUCCACUGUGCUGCUCAGUACACCCACGACAACUGCUGUCCUGCCCAAGAAGACAGCCAAGAUGUCUCAGGCUCGUUCAAAAAAUAAAAAAGUAAAAGAUGUAGGGAGCGAAACCCUUAAUGUAUCUUUUACAAAAAAAAUUGAAACAGCAAGACUAGAAAAAAGAAGUAAGAUAGUAUUUUUCAACAAGAAAAAAAGAAAUUUUAGAAGUAGAGCUUCAAAUAAAAAAAUUCGAUGUCAAUAAAUUAUUCGGUAAUAGUGGUUAGGUAUGUACCUAAUAAAGUAAUUUUAAAUAAAAAUUGUAAUUUCUUUAAAUAAUAAAAUUAAUAAAAAAUG